AUGCUUUUCAUUAAAACCCUAAAAAUCAGCGUAGUAAAACGGCCAUUAGUGUUAAUAAGCAGAUGUAUUAAUAGCGAAGCUAGGAUUAGCGAAAAAACUAUCGAUCUGUAUCAACAGCAGUACAUCCGAGACUCGUGGACUAACAUUACACCCAAAAUACUUUCGCAUUUGGAUCGUAAUUUACAUCUGCGAUUGAACCAUCCUCUAGCGAUAAUUCGCCAGAAAAUUGUAAAGUAUUUUUACGGCGCCUAUUUAAGUCCGAGGGGCAAUCCUCUGUUCAGUGUCUAUGAUAACCUCAGUCCGGUAGUUUCCGUGGAACAAAAUUUUGAUAAUCUGCUGGUGCCGAAAGAUCAUCCCAGUAGGAAGAAAAGCGAUUGCUAUUAUGUCAACAAAGAUUAUCUUCUAAGAGCCCAUACUACUGCCCACCAACUCGAACUCAUUCAAGCAGGGCUUGACAACUUUCUCGUUGUUGGUGAUGUUUACCGGCGGGAUGAAAUUGACUCUACCCAUUAUCCUGUCUUCCAUCAAAUGGAUGGUGUUAGAUUAAUUCAUCAGGAUAAACUUUUUGAGAGAACUCCUGAGCUGAAAGUGUUUGAAAAAUCCUAUAAAACAUAUUUAAACGAUAGCGCAAGUACCAUUUCCGAUUGCAUUGACCAGCAAAAGCAACCAUGUCACACACUGGAAGCCGUUAAGCUUUGUGAACACGAAAUGAAACGUGUGCUGGUUGGAAUGGUCAAGGAUCUUUUUGGGGAAACCGUUGAGUACCGGUGGGUACAAACGUAUUUUCCGUUUACGCAACCAUCGUGGGAAUUGGAAAUUUUUUUCAACGGCAAAUGGUUAGAGAUUCUCGGAUGCGGCAUUAGUCGGAAUGAAAUCCUUGACCGGGCAGGUGUGAAUAAUUCCAUCGCCUAUGCGUUUGGAGUUGGACUUGAACGGUUGGCUAUGGUAUUGUUUGAUAUACCUGACAUCAGACUGUUCUGGAGUACAGACAGCGGAUUUUUGAAUCAGUUCAAAAGUGAUAGGAUCGUCAAAUACAAACCAAUCUCGGCAUAUCCUCAAUGCACAAAUGACCUGUCGUUCUGGUUGCCGGAAAAUGCAUCUCUCGACAGUUUUUCCGUCAAUGAUUUUUAUGAUUUGGUGCGAACAGUCGGUGAAGAUAUUGUUGAGCAGGUGACUUUAGUCGAUAGGUUUAAGCAUCCGAAAACCGGUAAGUCAAGCCUUUGUUUCCGAAUUGUUUAUCGCCACAUGAGCCGAACGCUCACGCAAGCCGAAGUCAAUGUUACUCAUGCCAAAAUCGGGGCAGAAUCGAUGAAAGAGUUUAACGUGAUUAUACGAUAA